AGACCAAGAGAACAAAUGGUGAGCACCCCGUCCUUCCUAAAAACCUUGCACCCUCUUCAAGUUUUCUCUACAAAGUCACCAUCUUCUACCUUAAGCUCCAUGAAGAUCAAAACCCUAAUUCACACCCUUAUCAUCUCACACGUGUGCCGCAUCAUUCGAGCUCUAUCCAAAGCAAAAUCCAUUCUCGUUGAGAUUCUUAAAGAAAACCAACCUUUACACUUCAUUUUCCCUACAAAGAACUCAAAAAGGAAGAACAGGAGUAGGAAGAUAUUCCUUGGUUCAUUUAGGUUGCACUAUAACUGGUGCUCUUCACAUAUGUUGCCAGUGUCAGAAGCAGUUCUUGAUGGAUUCUCUGCUUCCCAUUUCUAUUAUGACUCUACGUGGAACUCAAUAAUCACAAAUGAGCAGUAUGAGGACAAAACCGAGUCUCAGCUUUCAGGGUACCUUCACUGGCUAGAAGAGAAAGUUGAUGAUGAGGAUUCUAGUGGCACUGAGAAGGAUAUCAAUCGGCUAGCGGAUUUGUUCAUUGCAAGCUGCCAUGAAAAGUUUAUAUUGGAGAAGCAGGAGUCCUACAGGAGAUUCCAGGAAAUGAUGGCUAGAAGCAUGUGAAUGUGAGGGGUUUUUUUUGUUUAAUUUUUCUUUCGCUUUCCCAUUCUUCUAUGUUAGAACAUUGGUGUGGUGAGGAAAGUACAUACUGGUCAUAAUGGGGUGCAAGGGUUUUAUCUUUUUAGGUUCUUUAUCUUUUGAUCUUGUGCUCUUUUUUUUAAAAAAAAAAAAAUGGUGGGAGCAUAGAGAGUUUUACAUGAUAUAGAGAAGGGGAAAGGGGAGAUUCGUACAAUUCCUGGCCGCUUGAAAUAUGAUAAUGCUUGCCACCUUCAAGGUUGCAGUGGUGGCAGUGUGGUUUGUUAAUCUAUCAUUGAAUUGCUUUAAAAUUUCCUUUUA